AUGACAGCUGAAGGCGCGGAGAAAGUCACAGUGGUGGGAAACUGUAGAAUCCUUGUAGGGCUGACCGAUCAGCUACGGUGUGCCAUAGAGUUUCUAAAGGCAAGCUCCAGGACGCCCUUCAAUUUCCCUUCUCCAAGCACCUCCAGCCACUCGAACGCUCUUUUCUCCACCAUGAUUUCCGACGACGAUCUUUACACACUCGCCAUCUUCCUUGGCUCCCUAUCUAUGCUCCUCAUCGUUCUCUACCAUUUUCUCGAAGUCAACGCCAUAGAAGAGGGAUCUACACAGUCCGAGGAGAAAGCAUCUUCGAAGGCAACGUCACAAGCACAAGCCAACACUACGGCGAAGUCAUGA